CUUGCGAAAGACAGGCCAUCCUCGAUAAAGAAGCUGCAAUGUCUACGGUGAACGACGAAAGUUUACGGCAAGAGCAGAGGUUUGCAAAAGCCGUGAGCGUACUUCAGUCGCUGGGGCCUGAGGAACAUACCAUGGUUCCCACAAAUGACGAAAAGCUCCAGUUUUAUGGCUUGUAUAAGCAAGCGACAGUGGGGCCGUGUUCAACACCACGGCCCAGUUUAUGGGACGUCGUGGGACGGUCAAAGUGGGAUGCGUGGAACAAGGUCCGGCAACUAACGUCGUCGGAGGCGAAGGAAGCAUACAUUGAUGCAGUCAUAAAGUUCCUUCAACGGUUUCCGGACCGACCUCUUGCGGCUGAAGUCAUCGAGUACUUUGAGCUUUCUCGUGCGGGCCUCGCUACUGACACUGAUUCUGAAGGAGAUUUCAGUGAGCGCGAUUUGUCUGACGUGGAGACGCAUAGCCUUCCCGAGCAUGGAGAGGACUUUGAUGAACCCGUUGAUACACCACCGCAUUAUGAAGAGCGACCUGUGUCAAUUAAUGAAUCCGAAACAUCAGCAUCUUCUCGCAUUUUAGAUGGGCUGAUUGAACGCGUGAGGAGCUUGGAGGUGGAAGUGUCAUCAUUGCGAAAUGAUCAAGCGGAACAUAGACGGCAGGUAAAGAGAUUGCUGCACCCGGACCGCUCAAGACUGGCAGUGGUCGUUCGAUAUGUCAAGUAUUUGGUCCCGUCCGCUCUAUGGAAUCUUUUAUGCAUCUUUUUUGCACUACUGUUUUUCGGUUACCGACCUACCGCUAAUAGCAAGUUUGUCGCAUGUCUGAUGUGGGCUUGGAUGAAGCGCCAAGAGCUUUUGGGAAGUGCGGAUCGGGGAGACGUGGCCCUAUAAUCACACAUCAUUUUUGCUAUAUAAUUGUGCAUAUAAAUAUCUAACAUGUUUUUUCAAUUGAUCUUGGCCAUGCUCAUCAGCUUGACGAUGUUGAUGUUCCAUUAGGGCCAUUUUUCUUUCCA